GAUUAUUUCCGGCCUCAUUUGGGAGCCCUGCUGAUACAACAAGCCAUCAGAAGUGACAGUAGGGAGAGCACAAAGGGAAGAAGCAGUCUGAUUCGAGAUGGGCUACAAGUUGACGUUCACACUGACUGUUCUCAAGCAAUCUGGGUGCCUCUGAGGGAGCUUGCUUUCUCCUCAGGCAGAGUGUGGGCUGAUGCUUUGCCACUUUACACACCUACUUCCUGCAAUCCUGACAAUUACCAAUAGUGUAAAACCCAGUUUCUGACGUGGCUGACUCAGCAAGGGCUUGGCUCAAAACAAAUACAUACGCACAGGGAACUGCAGCCGGGGAAGCAGUGACAAGAGGCACAUGAAGAGAAGGCGGCGUGGAUUUUUACCGCUCUGGGUCCAACCUGGCUGAAUCAUCCCUGGACUUGCUUCUUCCACCAUCCCAGCGUAUUGGUGAGCGUGGUGGUCACCGUUCUCCAAGAACUUCAGCAGUCUCUCUCCUCUGCCUGUUGGACUCAGGUGCCGCUCCGACACAGCCUACAGGAACAGGGAAGGAAGAAGUUGUUCCUGUUGCGUGGCUUGCUGCUGAGCCUGCGACUGAAGUUCAACACCUGACUGUGAAGAGUCAGCAUUUUCUUUCUUCUCUUUGCCUUUCAUCAGCAUGGAUACUUGGCGGAGAGGAUCCAUUAAGUCCACAACGUUCUUCAGACGUUUCUCACUCAGGAGACACAAAAAGCUGGGCAACCAAGUCAUUAUCUUGAAUCAGAACAGCCACACACUGGACAGUGAUGGACAGUGCCAGAAGAGGGAAUGCUUGAGGGAACUGAAGGACAAGUCUGAUUACCUGUCAUGUCAGAGUGAGCAAAACCUAGCCAAGGCACAAGCACCUCCUAAGCCUCCCCGGCUGUACCUGGACAGUUCUAGCUGCCCGAAUAUCAUUGAUCAUACAGAUUCUCACUCUGACGUCUCCUUUUCUGGUGCUGCUCAUCAAUACCACAAAGCCACUCAAACUCAGUUCCACAAGGAGCAGGCUACAGACUGUGGGACCUCAGAGACUGGUUCCCAGAAUGGCACCACUCUUUCUGAUCUGUCUGAUCCUUUCCUGUCCUUCAAAGUGGAUUUGGGGCUAUCGCUUCUUGAGGAUGUUCUGCAGACCCUCAGGAAACAGAAUCCAAGAGAUUACGCCAUUUGAAGGUAUUUAUCAUUUAACAUAUCACAUAUACCUACUGCUGGUGCCAGUUUCUCUAGUCCUAACAGGAGGAAGGAUACUGCAUCACCCCUGUUGUGUGUGGUCUGUUUUGUUGUUGUUGCCUUACCCAUCACAGACUGUUCUUGUCCUUGCCAAGAAGUCCUUCGGAAGGGAGCAGACAGGUUCCGUGCCUAGAUGAGAGCACUGUCUGCUGGAACCUUUUGGGCAAGUUUCCAUUUUCCACGCUGGGAAUUUCCCACUCUUGACUGUGCAUCUCCAACUCACAGAAGAAUGCCAUUGUUUGGCAAAAGACUUGCUAUCUGGGGGAUGUGGCUGUGACACUGCGGAGCACGGACAGAAAGGGGUAUGGCAUACAUCACUUGUGGAUAAGCAGGCAGCUUUUAAGGGGACAGGAGCAAUUGUUUUCUCAAAACCCAUGGCAAUGGUCAAGAGACAGAAACUGAUGUUUCUUCUCC